CGCUCCCGACGAAGACGCCAUCAACAAGCCCCUCCGCAAGACAAGGCGAUUAGCGCAAACCAGAAUACCAUUUCAUUAACUCAACAGCGCCUUAUCCGGCUUAUCCACAGCAGGCUCACCAGGAUGGUUCUCGAAGCGGUGGUCGUCGUGGUCGACAACAGCGAGAGCAGCAGGAACGGCGACUACGCACCGACCCGCUUCGAGGCGCAGUGCGAUGCUGUCAACAUUAUCUUUCAGAAUGUCGUGCAGGGCAAUCCAGAGUCAUCGGUCGGGCUGAUGAGCAUGGGCGGCAAGGGGCCAGAAGUGCUGGCGACCCUCACAACGGACCAGGGCAAGAUCCUCGAGGGCCUGCAUCAGACCAAGAAGAAGAUCCGCGGCUCAGCCCAUCUCUCAACCGGCAUCCAAAUAGCAAGCCUUGCUCUCAAACAUCGCCAGAACAAGUCGCAGCGGGCGCGCAUCGUCGUUUUCGUCUGCUCGCCCAUCGAGGAGACCGAGCGCGAACUUGUCGUUCUCGCCAAGAAGAUGAAGAAGUUUUCCAUCAGUGUCGACUUUAUCCUAUUCGGCGAUAUGGACGAGGAGAAUCAGGCGAAGCUGGAGGCCUUCAACCGCGAGAUCAAGGGCACGACCGAUUCGUCGCACCUCGUCGUUAUCCCGCCCAGCUCGAAGCUCCUCAGCGACCAACUGAUUGCGACGCCGAUCCUGCUCGGCGAGGGCGCGGCCGGCGGCGCCGGCUUGGGUGGCGAGGCCGCCGGAGCGAGCGAGGACUUCCCGUUCGGCGUGGACCCAUCGCAGGAUCCCGAGCUGGCUCUGGCCCUGCGCAUGAGCAUGGAGGAGGAGAAGGCGCGGCAGGAGAAGCGGGCGCGCGAGGAGGCCGAGGCGGCGAAGAAGGCCAGCUUAGAAUCGGUCAAAGAGGAGGGCGAGGGCGAGUCCGCGCCGCUGCUGGAUAAGGAUGGCCAACCGGGCGGCAGCAAGAAGGACGACGACAAGAUGGACACUUCGUGAGACACCCCACGAUGGGGUGAGGCGCAGGAGAGUAUGCCAGGGAGGAAACGGCAAACUGCGUAGGGGCUCUGUUGUCCCAAGUCUGUAGACAUAGACGGUGCUCCCAUUCAGAGAAU